AUGACCACAGCUGUCGUGCCCAAAGCACAACUAACUUCAGCGCUCUACAAGCAGCUGACCCAGGGCACGCGGCUACCAUGGACGACCAACUUUAAUCACCUACGACCCCUUCCUCGUCAUCUUCGUGUCACUCAGAAGGGUCAAUGGGACGCAUUUGACCCAACAAGCAAGCAGGACACCCAUGUCCCGAAAGAGCGCAUAAAGUUUUGGAACAUAGUGCCAGGCGACCGUGUCCGUAUCCGCGGCAGAUAUGGCAACAAAUUGCGUGAAGUUUAUAAAAUUCGACGGCUAGAAAAUAUCGUCGAGUUCCCUAUACCCGAGAGCAGUGUUUCGUCUGAACACCCCGCCUACUCUUAUGCGAGAUGCCAGCUUUACAUUGGCGACUACGACUUCCCGCCAUUGCCCGGUUCUACAGAGCCUCGCAAGGUUCCCGUCUUUGCGAAGCGUGUUUCCACUUCAUCCCCCGUCUGGAAUAGUCGACAACACCGAUGGCAAUGGGAGCGAUUCGCGUCUGCCACAACACCAGUCGUUCCUCAUCUCAAGGGACAGAAGAUACUCAUUCCAUGGCCCAAGGUACCCCGGAAAUCCCACCCCACCGCUGGCAUGUACGACACGAAAAAAGAGGACGUGUACAAAGUCACCUAUGUGCCACCUUCUUUCGCAACCAAACUUUCUGCGCCGCUUGUUCGCAAGCCAACUGAGGAGGAAUGGAUUGCGGGGAUGUCACAUCCCACGAAGAAGCCGUGGUUCGGUGAUUCGCCACCAGUGGAGAGCUAUCUCGACCGCGAGCUAUCGAAUCCCCAUUCCCGUGCCAAGAAAAUGAAGCGCUGGCAGUCUCACAAAGCCUACCGCAAAGCUUUACUGCGUGAUUACAUCGCAGCUGAAAUGCGAGAGCUCAACGGACGGAAGAAACACGAAGCCAGGGCCGAUGCGACAUUCAAGUGGCGACAGAAGCUCACUGAGCAAGAAGAGAAGGAAAGGAGAAGACGGUGGUUGACUUUGGCUGUUGCGCAAAAGUCGAAGCAAAAGCAGGCAAGAAAGACGCGCAAACAACAACAAAGACUGGAGCAGCUAACCAAGUUGACCUUGUUGAGGGGUGCAAACCAGGUUAUCCCAGAGCAAAAAAUUUAA